AUGAUUCUAUUUACCGGUUCCAAAUCUAGAUCAUUGCUCGAUGUGCGAUUUCCUCAAUGGCGACGGCUCUUCUCGCAAAGUGUGACUCGAAAGUCCCCAGACCCGCUGCGCAUUCUCUUCUGCGGAUCCGAUGAGUUCAGUUGCGCAUCUCUGAAAGCUCUCCACGAAGAGCAUCGUCACAAUAAGAACCUUGUAGAGUCGUUGGAUGUUAUGGUUUUGCCACCACGACGCAUGGGAAGAGGUUUCAAAACACUGAGAGAAGUACCUUGUAAGUUACUUGCAGAAAACUUGAGAUUGAAUAUUCACCAGCGCAAAACCUUCACAGGAUGGGAUCUCCCUGAAGGAACAAAUCUUGUGAUAGCAGUGUCCUUCGGACUGUUCGUCCCGCCCAGGAUCUUAACUUCGGCCAAAUACGGUGGACUCAACGUGCAUCCUUCUCUGCUACCUGAUCUUCGUGGGCCUGCUCCGAUCCACCAUGCGAUUCUCCAAGGAUAUGACUACACGGGAAUCUCAUUGCAAACACUAGACCACAGAAUCUUCGAUCAUGGAACUAUCCUGUCUCAAACCUCUCGUCCUGGAAUAUCGAUACCUCCAGACUGUACCGUCCAAGAACUGACGAGCCUCCUAGCACCAAUUGGGGCGCAAAUGUUAAUUCAAGGUCUGCGAGAUGGAGUCUAUGUGCCGCUUCGCCAGAAUACAGAAUGGAGAGCAGAAGAGCUGAGCGACGAGCAGCUCGUACACGCGCCCAAGCUCACAAAGGCUGAUGGACGUAUAAAAUGGACUCAGUGGACAGGGGACGACAUUGUGCGAAGGAUACGAGUUCUUGGGUCUGUAUGGACUCAUGCUGUCAACAAGAAGGGUGAUAAAAAGCGUUUGAUUUUCCAAGAUGUCGAGACCAUAUCCUCAAAGGAUAUCGGGAACCAUGGAGCAAAAGUCCGCCUCCUUGAAGACACUGGGGUUGUCCUGGAGACUCUGGUUUGGGAUCAAGGCGAUGGAAGUUGUGCCAUACGCACUCUGGACGAUAGCGUAAUUCGCGUGAAGAAGAUUAAGGAGGAAGGGAAGUCGCAACGUGAUGCAAUGGCAGGACUGAGGGGCUACAUCGCUGAUGACUCAAUCUAA